AUGUCCUUUCAUGCUCUGAUCAAAUUCGAGUCCACUUCAGACAACAAAUUUUACUUUGCAGAUCUUGGCCCUGACAGUAAGGUCAUUCCUGGGCAAGGGACAGAAGUGGACGGUUAUGAGUCUAUUGAAGAUCUGGUAACUAAAAAGGGCGGGAAGCCUGUCAACGUAGGAAAGAUUCUCGCCCCAGUUCCUCGUACGGACAUCCCGAUUUACUGUCUUUCAGUGCCUCAAAAUCCUCCACUUUGGACUAAGCCAGCGGCAGCUCUUGCAAACCCUGAGGAGGACAUCAAAUUCAACAAAUUCUGCGCCUCGAGUUACCCGGAUUAUGAGGGGGAGCUUGUAUUCGUCACUUCUCGACAGUGCCGUGAUCUCACCCCCGAAGCCGCUUCAGCCAACAUUCUUGGCUACACUGUAGGCAACGAUCUUUCAUGUCGCAAAUUCCAGAUGCCGGACCAAGCCGGUGGUCAAUACUUCUUCGCAAAAGCAUUUGAUAAGUUUGCGCCGAUUGGACCAAUUCUCGUCGCACCGAAAACUUUCGACAGUGCGAGUGGCGUGAAGCUUUUGACAAGAUUGAAUGGGGAAGUUAUGCAAGAUGGCGACAUUGGCGCUGAUAUGAUUUGGAAGCCUGCCAAGAUACUGAGCUGGAUGAGCCAAGGUACAACAAUUCCGGCUGGAACAGUGGUCAUGACCGGCACACCGGCUGGUGUGGGGGUUUUCAAGGAUCCUCGCCGACUAUUGAAGGACGGUGAUAUUGUGGAGGUCGAGAUCCCAGCGUUUGGAACAUUGAAGAACAAGAUUGUCUUUGAGGAAUAA